AUGGCUAUUGAAGUUGAUAUAAAAAUACUGGCUAGUAGUGGUGCCACGGUGGCCAGUAGUGGUGCCACACUGGCUAGUAAUGGUGUCAUAUUGGCUAGUAAUGGCACCACAGUGACAAGUAAUGGUGCCACAGUGGCUAGUAAUGGUGCCACAAUGGCUAGUAGUGAUGCCACACUGGCUAGUAAUGGGGCCAUACUGGCUAGUAGUGAUGCCACACUGGCUAGUUAUGGUGCCACACUGGCUAGUAAUGGUGCCACAGUGGCUAGUAGUGGUGCCACAGUGGCUAGUAGCGGUGCCACACUGGCUAGUAGUGGUGCCACACUGGCUAGUAGUGGUGCCACACUGGCUAGUAGUGGUGCCACACUGGCUAGUAACGGUGCCACACCGGCUAGUAACGGUGCCACACUGGCUAGUAACGGUGCAACACUGGCUAGUAACGGUGCCACACUGGCUAGUAACGGUGCCACACUGGCUAGUAGUGGUGCCACACUGGCUAGUAGUGGUGCCACACUGGCUAGUAGUGGUGCCACACUGGCUAGUAGUGGUGCCACACUGGCUAGUAGUGGUGCCACACUGGCUAGUAAUGGUGCCACAGGGCCGGUGCCCGGCCCUGUGGAUGUUCCAGAGGGGGCCCCUGUGGUGUUGCCUCCUGACCUGUCACCUCCUGUGGUGCCACCCACUGGGUUACCCCCAGCUGUGUUGCCGGCCCCCGUGCAGCUGACCCGUUCCAGGGGGUAUGAUUGCCCGUCCGAAGGGUGUCGUCCCGAUUGA